GUUAGGUAUAAAUUUGACGUUUAAAUUGUAAAUAGAAAUAACAAUUCCGUUUAAACAUUUUUAUACAUUUUAAGCUCAUAGUAAUAUUUCCGAAAUAUAAAAUAUGUCUGGGGCAAGUGUAUGUGUACUAGCCUUGAAUGGAAGAAGACAAACAGUAAAAUGUACACCAAAUACAACAAUUUUACAGAUUUUAGAGGAGGUGUGUAAGAAGCAAAACUUAAAACCAGAAGAUUAUGACUUAAAACAUCAUAAUAAAAUAUUAGAUACAACAUCAACGUUUAGAUUUUCUGGAUUGCCUAAUAAUGCUCAACUAGAACUUGUUGGUGCAACUAAAGCAAGAUUAGAAACUGAAGUCACUUUGGCAGUAAAUUUAGAAAAUGGAAGUAGGUUAAUUGGUAAUUUCAAUCCUAGUGAGACUUUACUUAAUAUACUUACUAAAAUAUGCCCAGAUUGUCUUGGUGAUAAUAGAAGUCCAGUAGUUAUUUAUACCAGAAGAGAAAUGUACGGUCAAGAACUUAAAAGUGUAACCUUGAAAAGCUUAGGAUUAACGGGGGGAAGAGCUAUGAUAAGAGUUAUUGAUAAAGAUCCUGAAGAACUAAAACAACAAGCCAAUGUUGCAGUUCCUUUACCUUCAAAACCUGUAGAAGAAAAACCUUAUAUAAGAAAAUAUCAACCUUCAGAACCAAAUGUAGAAUCUAUAAAUAAUCAAGAUACUUCAAAUAAACCAGAUGCCCAACUACCCAAUGUUGAGAAAGUUCAGAAAAAACAGAACAUGGAUCUUAUUCAAUUGGCUAGAGAGAAAAGAAAGAGUAAUGAAUUUCCUCCCAAAUUAGUAGAAGGGCAUAAAGAUGUUCCUCAAAAGCAGUCAAAAGUAUCUAGCACUCAAAACAAGGGUUAUGUUUGUGGUAAACAAGAAAUGGAAGUGGACGACUGCUCCCCUAAAUGCAUGGAAGAAUGUAACAUAGAUUAUGACGAUAAAAAGGAGGACUUUGUAUUUUUAGGAGCUAGAAACGCUAUGUUGUUUUCCCAAGAAACUGCUUCUGCAGUGCCAAGUGAAGAACUACCAGAUGAUUUCUUCGAUUUAACAAUUGAUGAUGCCAGAAAAUUAAUUAGGGAUGUCAAAAGAAAACGUCACGAUUUAGAAAAUGGUCCUUUGUUAACUUCAGCUCUCAGAAGAUUAGAGGAGUCAAAGAGGCAGUUAAGAAAUAUAGCAGUUUACAAAAAAGCCAUUAUUAGAGUACAGUUUCCUGAUAGAGUAGUUCUGCAAGGAACUUUUGCAACUUCAGAUAGCAUAAAAGAUGUUAUACAUUUUGUCAGGGAAUAUUUAGAAGAUAAAUCUUUAAAUUUCUAUGUGUAUUCAACACCUCCAAAAUAUAUCUUAGCUGAAGACCAAAAUCUUUUAGAAUUGGGAUUUGUACCUGGAGCUCUAAUUCAUUUUGGCACUGAUCAAAACAGCGGAGAAUCUUUUCUAAGAAAAGAUCUAAAAGACAAGUUCACUAGCAACUCGGUAGCAAGUUUAGCAGCUGCGCAAAUAAGACGAGAAAACAUGAGAAAAUGUACCCAACAGUUAAACGAUGACUUAGAUUUUGAAAGUCCAGGAAUCAGUUCGGCCACGGAAAGAGUAAACGACGGUGCAAGUACUAGCGCGGGAAUCGCCCAGGAAUACACAGAAAGAAAAAUACCAGAACCAACAGGAACUUUACCAAAAUGGUUUAGACCUAUGUAAACAUACUCUUUUGUGCCUUUAUUAAGCAAUUAAUGUUUGUCUUUUAAUUUAAUAUAUUUUUGAGAUUUUAUUAAAAUAUUUCCCAAAUGUU